AUGCUUAAAUUUCUGACUCACAAGCUGCGAACGCAUUCGUUGAAUGAGGACAACGUUUCCGAAAAGGUGGAGGAGCGCGACUCCGGCACCGAGUCGGACGACGAGGCCGAGCGCGCCGACACCGGUGAUUUUUGCACGGACGUCAUCAUGAAGUGGAACGACGUCACUGAUAUAAGUAUGGGUGGUGAGGCGUGCGCGUGCGCACCGGCGCCGCCGCGGCUGCUGCCCGAACCAGAGCCGGACCAUCUCUAUGAUCACCACUCGUCAGAGGAGGAGCUAGAGGUGAUCAACGGCACUCCGAGCGCGGCGGGCGCGGGCGCGGGGGCGGGGGCGGGGGCGGGCGCGGGCGCGGGCGAGUCCCGGCGGCGGGGCGCCUCCUCCCCGCCGCCCGCCGCGCCCGAGAAGCGCAAGUGGCCCGCGCAGCCCUACGACGACGAGCUGGCGGCGCGCCCGCCCUCCUCCGACGACGACGACACCAAGGUGGAGACGCCGGUGCGGUUCCGCACGUCGCCGCCGCUGGAAGCGCUGAAGCCGCGGCGGGCGGCCGCGGGGGCGGGGGCGGCGUGCGGGGGCGAGCGCGCGCCCCCCUCCCCGCGGCGCCGCCGCUGGCCGCUGCCGCCGCCGCGGCGACACCGGCCCGCGCUAGACUUCGAUAAGAUGCAGCAGCUGAAGGUGGUGGGGGGCGGCGUGCGGUCGUGGCGCGCGGUGGGGGGCGCGGGGGGCGAGCUCUCCGUGUUCUGCUGGUGA